AUGGACAUGGAGUCUGGGACAGCGUCAGGUGUCAAAACAAACAAGGACCCUAGAGAUGUGGUGCGUGGAAAGUGUUCUAAAUGUGAUCAGUGCUUAGAGUAUGAGUAUAAUCCAAAUACUGGACGCGCUGCUUGUGCAUAUUGUGAGUGUCCAGCUCCUUCUCAUGCGCCUGUGGGAAAUCUUCAUCACCCCAUACCUGUAACACAGCACCUCCAGAUAGAGUCUGAAACAAGUGUUGUGUUUGUGGCAAUAACCCCAAGAAAACAACUGCCGACAUCAAUCAACACAUCUCAGCCACGGUAUGUUGUUUCGGUACCUCAUGAUUCAGACUUCCCAAAAUCAUCUGUUGCGAGUCAAGGUGAUCAAGUUUCUUGUGGAAGUUCUGUUAUUACCUUGAAUCCUCAAGAAAAUUUGCUUGAGAAUUUUCUUACUAAUACUAAUACUGAAGAGGAGAUUUCCUCAGAGGACAUACCGAUGCCGGCUGUUUUUCCUGAUUAUGUUGAAGAAGCUCUUAAGGAAAAGCGUUUAGAGGCUAGGCACAGAAGUGCAAUUUGCAGAGCUGUGGUUAAAAAAUGUUUAGAGGAAAAAAAAAGUUUCCAAUAAACAUUUGGCAAAAGCAGCAAGCCAAAUAAGAAAGAAGUAUUCUCCAAUGAAGAAAAGGACUGACCCCGAUGGUGUAACUUUGCACAAGAAACUUAUCAGGACAAGGAAUAGGAUGAACCAUCCAACUUCCAAACGGCGUUCAAGUAAACCACCUACAGCUGCUUUAAGUGAGAAGGAGGCGCAGGAGGCCAUGGUUGUUGAUUGGGCAGCCAAUAAGCG